AAAGGCUCGAGAGUUAUUAGAAUAGUCUUGUGCGUAAUUCCUCGGUAUAUAGUUUGAGAGUCACUGGCACAAUCUCUUAUAGUGUAUCUAGUGUCAGUUAGUCAGUUGAUCAAUUGCUAACCAUUGCUAACUACAUACAAAUUUUACGUCGUCGAAUGAUUACAGUGUUGUAAAAUUAAUCUAGACUUAGAAGCAGUUAUCUCAUAAAGAAACACGGUACACGCUAGAAAAUGGCAAGCCAGAAUUAUUUAAGUAACCCAAACCACUCGUUUUUCUCUUGUGAGGAUGACAUGGACGACGAAACCUUUCUAAAAAGUGCACCGCCAAGGUUUUCUGGCCGUAUGACUUAUAAUCAUUAUUAUAACGCUGACAACGAACUCGAACAAAAACAUCAACAAUUGUUGCAACGAAGAAAGGAUAUCGAAGAUCGUACGAUACAAUCAUCGGAAAGAUCCAUUUCGUUGUUGAGGGAUUCUGAGCAGAUUGGAGCUGCCACUGCAGAGGAACUCAUUAGACAGAGAGAACAUUUAGAAAGAACAGAGAAAAGAUUAGAUGAUAUUAAUAGUACCUUAAGAUUUAGUCAGAAACAUAUUCAAGGAAUAAAAAGUGUAUUUGGGAGUCUCAAAAACUAUCUCAGUGGUAAAUCAUUGGAUGGACCUAUACCAUCUACUAAAUUAUCAGAGUCUUCUAGUUCUGAAUCUAUGACAUCACCUGCACUGUGUAACUCUUUAGAACAAGUACAGUGUAAUAUAGCUAAUACUAGUCCUGCAUUAAAGUUACGUGGUCUAGAUGAGGAAGCAGAGGUUAAUAGUCCUGUGAGCAACAACGUGAGCAAAAUUUUAGAAAAGAAUUUAGAUGAAAUGAGCGGUUCAUUGGCUAGAUUGAAAGGCUUGGCAAUAGGAUUAUCAGAAGAGAUAGAUUUGCAAAAUGAUUUAAUUGACAACAUAACAGAUAAAGCAGAGAAGACAGAUGUAAUGCUUCAAAAACAAAAUAAAGACCUCACUCAUUUACUGAAGAAGUAAAUAUAUGCAGUAUGUAUGAUUAAAGAAGGGCUUAUUAAAGUUAGUUUAUAUACCUUGAAAUUUUAAACAUACGUGUAACAAAAUGAAAAUUUUUAUAUUAUCAUAUUUAGUUGAAUAAGUACUGUGUAAUAUAUAAUUUACAAAUAUUAUAAAAUGAGAAAAAUUGUAACAGUGAUGCAAGAAAUAAUGUACUUCUAUACCAUCAUAUUUUCUUCUUUUUAUACUAUUUUAUAAUUGGAACAAAAAUGAUAAAAAAUGCUGUAAUUUUAAAGGAUUUAAUAUUGUUAUUAAAUUUUAUCAGAGUUAUUGAAGAGAUACAAAAUUAUCAAAAGAGGUACAAUUGAACAAAAUUCAUUAUAAUAAACUGGUUUUCAUUAGUAUUACCAUGUAAAACAUGGAAAUAUUUAUGUCUAGAAAGAAAUAAUACAUCUAAAAAUGUAACAAUAAGAACAAUGUUCCUUAGAUUAAUAAUAAUUGCUUUAAUUGUUACAAUCUUUUGGGGGUAAUUUCACAGUGUACUUUGAUUUAAAUUAAUAUAUUUGAAUAUAUAAACAUUG